CUUUAAAGUGAGGUGGAUUUAUGAGGUUUUGAAAUGCAGGAGAAGGCUGCUCAGCUGCCCCCAGUUGAACAAGUUCGAACAUUCCUUGCCUAUAGCUCACGUGGGACGCUCUCUACUUUCUCAAAGGCGCAUGAAGGCUACCCAUCCGGGUCUAUGGUUGAUUUUGCUUGCGAUGCUGAUGGUUAUCCAAUAUUAGCAGUUAGCAGUCUAGCAGUUCACACCAAGGAUCUUUUAGCAAAUCCCAAGUGUUCUUUGCUUGUUGCUAGAGACCCGGAGGAUAGGACAGAUUUAAUUGUAACCAUUCAUGGUGAUGCUAUUUCUGUUCCAGAAAGUGACCGUGAUGCAGUCCGUACAGCAUACUUGGCUAAGCAUCCAAGUGCCUUUUGGGUUGACUUUGGCGACUUCCAAUUUCUGCGUAUUGAACCAAAAGUUGUACGUUAUGUAUCUGGUGUUGCUACAGCUAUUUUAGGCUCUGGAGAGUUCAGCAAAGCUGAAUACAGCUUAGCACAAGUGGACCCAAUUCACAAGUUCUCUAAGCCUAUUGCGUCCCACAUGAAUAAAGAUCACGAAGACGAGACAAAGCUCAUUGUACACCAUGUGACAUCCAUUCCAGUGGAUCUUGCUCUCAUAUUGGAUGUUGACAGUCUUGGUUUCAAUGUUAAGGCUGGCUAUAAAGGAGAGAAUUUUAAGCUGCGAAUCCCUUUCCCGAGACAGGCGGCAGAUAGAAAGGAUGUAAAAAAUUUAAUAGUUGAGAUGCUUGAAGCAGCAAGGAGCAAAAGAAAUUGAUUGUCACUUGACAAGGUUGUCUUCUCUAUUCGUAAUUUUACAUAUUUCAUGCAAGAAAAAAUGUAGAAUUACUGUAAACUAGAAGUAUUAUUUCAUAUGUUUUUGUUAUAGGCAAGACUAACCAAAUACCAAUUUAUA